AUGGAGUAUUUUUUUUCUGAUGAAAAGCUUGAAGAAAUUGUAAGAAAUACAAAUGCUGAAAUUGGUAAACAGAGAGAAAAAUAUAAACAAGACAGACCUGUACAGAAUACGGAAGACGAAAACGCGGACGCAUCGAGUUCCACAAAAAUACGUCCUUCUUUUGCUAAGGAUGCAAUUGUGGUGGAAAUGAAGGCUUUAUUUAGACUUUACUACUUAUCAGGGGUACUCAACAUGAAUCACGUCACCACCAAGGAAUUGUUUGACAAGAACUCAGUUGUUGGCUAUUUUCGUGCCACCAUAAGCCAAGCCAGAUUUGAGUUUCUGACAAACUGUCUGCAUUUUGACGACCGGUCUACCAGAGAAGAACGACAGCAAAAUGAUAGAUUAGCACCAAUUAGAAACAUUUUUGAUCACAUUGUCAAAGUUUUUAGUGAAGUGUAUAGCCCUUCAGAUUGCUGUACAUUAGACAAAAUGUUAUUGGGCUUUAGAGGUAGAUGUAUCUUCAAAAUGUACAUUCCGAGUAAACCAGACAAAUAUGGUAUAAAAAAUUUGAUGACUUGCGAUGCUAAAACUGCCUAUAUGUUAGAUGCUUUCGUAUAUUUGGGCAAAGGCUCGUGUCCUACAAAUGUACCAGCUGCUCAUUUCUUUACUUUGAAAUUGACUGAAACAAUUCAUGGCACAAACCCCAACCUCACUUGUGAUAAUUGGUUCACGUCAAUACCAGCAGCAAAAGAAUUGUUGCAAAAGCAGGUGAAUCUUGUAGGUACACUACGUAGAAAGAGAGAAAUUUCACCUUCUUUUCUUGAGCUAAAAGAUCGCGAACGCAACACGGCAAAGUUUGCCUUUACAGGAGAACUUACGCUUUUGUCUUACUGCCCCCCAAAACAAACAAAAAAAAUUGUCCCCAUGUUGUCAACUAUGCAUGCAACAGCAGAUCUUGAUGCAACGAUUCAAGUACCAGAGAUGAUAGAGUUUUAUAAUAAGACUAAAUGCGGAGUCGAUUUGAUGGAUCAGCCCACAAAACCAAAAUGA